CUGAGCUCCGCGCUCCAGCCCAGGCCGCCCGGAACCUGUGCCCUGAGCUCACGUCCACACCGCCCUGCCAUGCUGUGGCUGCUGCUCCUCAUCCUUCCCUGCCUGGGGGCCUCCGUACCCGGGACCCCCGGCCCAGAGCGGCCGGGCAUCGUCGGGGGCUGCCCCGUCGCGGCCAGGAGCUUCCCGUGGCAGGUGAGCCUGCGGUUCUACAGCAUGCGGCAGCACCGGUGGCAGCACCAGUGCGGGGGCUCCCUCGUCCACCCGCGGUGGGUGCUGACCGCCGCCCACUGCCUGGAGCCGCAGGAGCUGGGGGCCUGCGCGUUCCGGGUGCAGGCGGGCGGGCUGAGGCUGUACGCGCCCGGCGAGGAGCUGAGCAGGGUGGUCCAGAUCAUCAGGCACCCCGAGUACAACAGCAGCCUGGGGGCGGCCGGGGGCGCCGACAUCGCGCUGCUGAGACUGGAGGCCGACGUGCCGCGGGGCCGCGGGGUCCCCGUCUCCCUCCCCGCGGCCGCCCUGAGCAUCCCCGCCAGGAAGAUCUGCUGGGUGACCGGCUGGGGCGACCUCGGCUACCACAGGCCGCUGCCGCCCCCCUACCACCUGCGGGAGGUGGCCGUGCCCGUGGUGGGGAACGGGGAGUGUGACCAGAGGUACCGCAACUCCUCCCGACACCGCCCGGCCAUCAGGGAUGACAUGCUGUGUGCUGGGGACAAGGACCAGAACUCCUGCCAGGGUGACUCCGGGGGCCCCCUGGUCUGCAGGUGGAACUGCACGUGGGUGCAGGUGGGCGUGGUGAGCUGGGGCAGGUGCUGCGGGCUCCAAAACUUCCCCGGGGUCUACACCCGCGUGGCCAGCUACGUGCCCUGGAUCCGCAGCUACGUGCCCUGGUUCUCUGGGCCCUGAUGGGGCCAAGUGACAGAGACCCUGGCGUUCCGUGACCCCCUCCCGCCCUCCUCC